CGGCCCUUUUUUCUCCGCCCGAUCUGGCAGAUUAAAUUGCGCACCGUUUUGGCAAGCCUGUUCGUAAUCCGUUUAUUUUUGUACAAAGUGGGAUAACAACCUUUUCAAACAUCAAAAUGCUCGCUACAGUCAGCAAACAGCUCAGAAGCCACCCAGCUCUGAUCCCCCUUUUUGUCUUCAUUGGUGGAGGGGCAACUAUGUCCUUGAUGUACCUCGCUCGUCUGGGUUUGAGAAACCCUGAUGUCUGCUGGGAUCGCAAGAACAACCCAGAGCCCUGGAACAAGAUGGCCCCAACCGAUCAGUACAAGUUUUACACCGUUAACAUGGACUACAGCAAGCUGAAGAAACAGGGGCCUGACUUCUAAAAAUCAUAUCUGCUGAACCAAAACCUCAAAGAUGAGCUGAUCCGCACAGCCCCAUUUUGAAUUUCCUCCGGGAACCUAAGGCAUGCAGAGGCAAAACCCGCACAAUAUUCAUAUUAAGUUUCCUCAUUGCAAAGCCGUCUCAUUUUCAAUGGUUGUCAAUAAAGUGAUGGAGUCUUUUCUCCUCCAUACAGAGAAAAGAA